UUCACAAUAUCGUGUAAAAAAAACACCAAAAAUUGAAAACCUCAACACCCCUUAACUCCAUCGAAUAGCUUCACCACUUUGGUUCCUUGACUUCUCGUUGUCAUAACAAUAAUAUCAAGUGUCAAGUACUAAUUCAGGAUUUGUUGGCCACCAUCAAUCACACACCAAAAAAGAACAAGGAAGAAAUUAACCCAGCCGUCUAAAACCAACAAACACCAGUCAGCCAUGGUGGUUUCUUCGUCGAUAUCUCCCGCCUCCUCCCAUGCCGUCUUCUCCAACACAUUGUCUCGCUCCGAUAUCAAACUUUCCAGAUGCUUCCUUCCUUCUUCUACUCGCCAUUCACUCUCCUCUCUCUACUCUUCUCCUCUCCCAAGAAAGACUUUGGUAUCUCAACGGGGAAAGCGGUGGCUGUGUCCUGGUUACAUCCAUGCGUCUACCAAAGCUGCUUCUUUAGAGGCUGCGGUUGAAAAGAUCGAGCUGCCUAAAGGUGACAUGUGGUCUGUUCAUAAAUUUGGUGGGACUUGUGUUGGAAGCUCGGAGCGGAUAAAGAAUGUUGCGGAAAUAAUUAUGAAUGACACUUCCGAGAGGAAGUUAGUGGUUGUAUCUGCUAUGUCGAAGGUCACUGACAUGAUGUAUGAUUUAAUCAAGAGGGCAGAAUCACGGGAUGGUUCGUUUAUGUCUGCUUCGGAUGCUGUUUUAGAAAAACACACUCAAACAGCGAAAGAUUUGUUGCAAGGAGAUGAGCUUUUAAGUUUCUUAUCAAGGCUUCAUGAUGAUAUAAAUAAUCUUAAAGCAAUGCUUCGUGCAAUUUCCAUAGCUGGUCAUGCUACUGAAUCGUUUACUGAUUUUGUCGUUGGACAUGGAGAGUUGUGGUCUGCACAGAUGCUAUCACUCGUCAUCAAGCAGAAAGGAUACGACUGUACAUGGAUGGAUACCAGGGAUGUCCUUGUUGUAAAUCCAACAAGUUCAAAUCAAGUUGAUCCAGAUUUUCCAGAUUCUGAAAGAAGACUUGACAAAUGGUUUUCCAAUAAUCCAUCGAGAAUCAUUAUAGCAACUGGAUUUAUAGCUACUACCCCUGAAAACAUUCCAACCACUCUUAAGAGGGAUGGGAGUGACUUCUCUGCAGCAAUAAUGGGUGCUCUUUUUAGAGCUCGUCAAGUUACAAUCUGGACAGAUGUUGACGGUGUAUAUAGUGCUGAUCCUAGAAAAGUAAGUGAAGCUGUGAUACUUCCCACGUUGUCUUAUCAAGAGGCUUGGGAGAUGUCGUACUUUGGGGCAAAUGUAUUACAUCCUCGGACCAUUAUUCCUGUGAUGCGGUAUGACAUUCCAAUUGUAAUAAGAAAUGUAUUUAACCUUGCGGCUCCUGGGACAAAGAUAUGUCGUCUUUCUGCUGAUGAGAAUGGCGAGCAUCUACAAUCUCCCGUCAAAGGGUUUGCGACAAUUGAUAAUCUGGCCCUUGUAAAUGUUGAGGGUACUGGUAUGGCUGGUGUUCCUGGUACUGCUAGUGCUAUUUUCAGUGCAGUGAAGGAUGUAGGGGCUAAUGUUAUCAUGAUCUCUCAGGCAAGUAGCGAACAUUCCGUGUGCUUUGCUGUGCCUGAGAAUGAAGUAGACGCUGUGGCUGAUGCUCUACGGUCUCGAUUUGGCCAAGCUUUAGAAGCUGGUCGUCUCUCGCAGGUUGCUAUUAUCCCCAACUGCAGCAUUUUGGCAACAGUUGGGCAGAGAAUGGCCAGCACACCUGGAGUUAGUGCCACUCUUUUUAACGCACUUGCAAAGGCCAAUAUUAAUAUCCGCGCUAUAGCUCAAGGCUGUUCUGAAUACAACAUUACUGUGGUAGUCAAGAGGGAUGAUUGUAUUAAAGCCCUGAGGGCUGUGCAUUCCAGAUUCUAUCUCUCAAGAACGACACUUUCUAUGGGAAUCAUUGGGCCAGGACUGAUUGGGGCAACUCUUCUUGACCAACUUCGUGAUCAGGCUGCUGAGUUAAAGGAGAAGUUUAACAUUGAUUUGCGUGUUAUGGGAAUCACAAGUUCAAAGAAAAUGCUUCUUUCCGAUUCGGGUAUUGACUUGUCUAGUUGGAGGGAACAGCGGAAUGAGCAAGGACAAGUAGCCGACAUGCAGAAAUUUGUUCAGCAUGUUCAUGGGAAUCAUUUUAUCCCAAACACCGUGUUGGUAGAUUGUACGGCUGACUCCUACAUUGCAAGCCAUUACUAUGACUGGUUGCGUAAAGGAAUUCAUAUAAUUACUCCCAACAAGAAAGCAAAUUCUGGACCUCUUGAUCAGUAUUUGAAGUUGAGAGCUCUGCAACGGCAAUCCUACACACAUUACUUUUAUGAAGCUACAGUUGGUGCGGGUCUUCCUAUAAUCAGUACUUUAAGAGGUCUUCUUGAAACUGGCGACAAAAUCUUGAGCAUUGAGGGUAUUUUCAGUGGGACUUUAAGUUACAUAUUCAACAAGUUCAAAGGUGGAAGAAAUUUCAGCGAGGUGGUGACUGAGGCAAAACAAGCUGGUUAUACAGAGCCUGAUCCUAGGGAUGAUCUGUCUGGAACAGAUGUUGCUAGAAAGGUAAUAAUUCUAGCAAGAGAAUGUGGAUUGAAACUUGAACUUUCAGAUAUUCCUCCGGAAAGCCUUGUGCCAGAACCAUUAAGAGCUACUGCAUCAGGCGACGAAUUCAUGCAGCAGCUACCUCAGUUUGAUGAAGACUGGGCAAAGAAAUUACAAGCGGCUGAAGAUGCAGGAGAGGUGCUAAGAUAUGUGGGAGUGGUGGAUGUGACCAACAAGAAAGGAAUUGUGAAUUUGAAGAGCUACAAGAAGGAUCACCCAUUUUCUCAGCUCUCGGGAUCGGAUAAUAUCAUAUUAUUUACCACAGAGCGGUACAAAGAGCAACCUCUCAUCGUUCGAGGUCCUGGUGCUGGAGCCGAAGUUACUGCUGGUGGAGUAUUCAGUGAUAUUUUGCGCUUGGCCUCUUACCUUGGCGCUCCUUCAUAGAAGUAGCGAGAAAUUGAUUAGUUUGUAGCCUCCUCUUAAUUAGUUACCUUCUGUCUGAAAGGGCUCGGUUCCCCGAUUUUUGUGUUGUUUCAACUGUGUUGACUUGUGCUGAGUUUGCAUGUAUUGUAGUUGUAACUUAUUUCAUCAGCAAUGAAGAUUACUUAGUAAA